AUGAAAAGAGUUUCAGAAUUGGAAUUGAAAAAUAAACAACUUGAGCAGGCAAAUAAGGACCUGAGACAACAAACAGGUUCUGAGGGUAAACCUAACAACUUCUCUGCUGAUGGUUUGAAAGACAACCCAAAGCUUUUUCGAUUCUAUACUGGACUUCCAGAUUAUGAAACUUUCAAAAUAAUUUUGGAAUCCUUUGGUCCUGCUGUCAACAAUUUAAUUUAUGUUGGCUCAAAUACAAAUGCCAGCAAAAUUAUAUCAGCUGACCACAUAAAACGAGGUCCAAAGAGAAGCUUACCUGCUGAACAAGAAUUUUUCCUUGUUCUUGUGAGACUAAGGUUAGGUCUCCUUGAAGAAGACAUUGCUUACAGAGCAGGAAUAUCUACAACCCAGUUCUCCAGAAUAUGGAUCACUUGGCUUGAUUUUUUACAAAGCAAGUUCAGAUCAUACCCAAUAUGGCCAUCUAAAUCUUCUGUUAUGAAAACAAUGCCAAACUGUUUCAAAGAAACAUAUCCUUCAACAAGAGUAAUCAUUGACUGCACUGAGCUUUAUAUUGAGAGGCCAUCUUCACUGAGGUCACAAAAUGCAACAUAUUCAAAUUACAAGCACUAUAACACAGCUAAGGGCCUUCUAGGAAUCAGUCCAGCUGGAGCAGUUUCCUUUGUUUCAGAACUUUAUACAGGGAGGACCAGUGAUAAAAAUGCUACACGCAACAGCCAACUCUAUGGUCUACUUGAGAAAGGUGACUCUGUCAUGGCAGAUAGAGGCUUUGACAUAGAGAGUGACUUACCAGAAGGUGUAGGCCUCAACAUUUAUGAGGGGAAAAGAGCAUUUGUCUUUGGGAGAGGAGAUAGAGACGAGGCAAAUUGCAUCAGUUCGAAUCCACGUAGAGAGGGCCAUUUCAAGGAUAAAAACAUUUAA